AUGCGCGAACCAGGAUACACGUCGUCCACUUCAAUCGAACCCAACAAUCGAAACGGCCCAAGCCUACCUCCGAAUGCCGACCUCAGUAUCAUAAUGACACUUGAGAGCAAACCCCGGCGCUGUACGAAGAAGUAUCGCGCGAUCAAGCGGCCUGACGGUAUCAUCGUCGAGCAUCCUCGAUAUCGACCAGCAGGCACGUUGCAGAAGCCCACAAGGAAUCCCGAACGGAACUUGGUCUCGUCAAAUCACGUCAGUACACAACACAAGCACACACAAGGAGCAAGCCCAAAUGAUAUAAGGUACGACCUCGUGGGCAUGGGCAUGAGCAUGGGCAUGGGCACAUCUGUCUUCGUCGUACCCGUCGAAGAUACGGGCCGUGACAGCUACCCUAUGCUGAGGGGAGGGAGGGGAGGAUACAACGAGGUUGCACGCGAGCUCACUCCUGUUCAUUCCAUGGCCAACGAGUGCAAACAGCAGUCCUGUGACGACUUUACCCCGAUAGCUCGCUUCCUUAGCGAGCGAGGGCCCUGGAGUCCUUACUCUUCUCGAGAAGAUACAGGAAAAGACCAUGGUUCCUACUCGGCUGCAGCUUCGUCAAUGUUAGUGUCAAAAAGGAAGCUGUUCUUCGAGUCGAAAGAUCUGGGCUUCACUGAAGGAUAUGCUGUGUUGUUUGGUAACUCCCCCCAAGUUCCCAAUACCAUUACCAACGAGGACAAGAAUCUCAGCUUCGGCGCCAUUGUCCAUCGCCGUCUCAACUUCUUCUUAAAGAAUGAUCAAUUCCGUCGCAAGCUACCUGUUCUGAUAUCCGACACAAAGCAUGCUCUCGAAGCCAUCAAGAACGAGCCCAGCGGCCGUACCAAUCCCUUCGAGAGCCUGUAUCGCAUCGUCUUCCGCCUCACCAUCAGCAUGGUAGCCGCUACUGAGAUUGCAGAAGACCCUCAGAUACUAGAGAAGGUUCUCAAGAUGUUUGAGAUGAUUGAAAGCAGCGCUACUGCUACGUCAGUCUUGUUCCCGAAGUUCCCUUCACCGGCUCUCAUGAAGCGGACCUACGCAGGAGCGCAACUCUAUACGAUGAUCGACAAAAUCGUCAAGAAGCGUGCGGCGAGCGGCGAGAAGCACGAUGAUGCGCUGCAGUACUUGCUGGAUCAGGGUGAUCGCGCCGAGAGAGUCGCUCAGUUCGUCGUUGGAGCGUUGUUCGCUGGUUUACUCAACAGCGGUAUCAACGUAAUGCCCUAUCUCGCGACCUCAAGCGAGUGGCUCGCCAAAGCGAACGACGAAGUCCGCAGUAAUGCGGCGAGGUACGCUAAGAACCCGAACGGACCCUUGCUCCAGCAGCUCGACGACGUACCUAUAGAGGCACGAGAAGCAGAGUUUCCAGUCAUCGACAUGUAUCUGGGAGACUCUCUACGUCUAAACCUGCUCGGCACGGCGUUCAGGCGGAACAUCAGUGGCAAAAGUAUACACACGGGUAACGGCGACGAAAUCAUCCCACCCGGCGCAUUCGUUACAUAA